CUCGAACUACUCCCAGCCGUCCUCGGACCUUUCGCUGGACGAGGAGAGAGAGAACCCCUUCGCCGUGAGACCGAGAGACAGGCACUCUCCCAGCUCGAGAAGGCCAGGGGGCACCAUCGGGACAGCGGGGUCAGGCGCAGAACGGAGGGCCAGGCAUUCGUCACUCUUCAGGCAGCCAGGACUAAACCCGUGGCGUUCUCCGUGCGCACCAAUGUGGCUUAUGAUGGUUCUCUGGAUGACGACUCGCCAGUGCACGGAUCGGCCAUUUCCUUCGAUGUCAAGGACUUCCUCCACAUUAAGGAGAAGUAUGACAACAACUGGUGGAUUGGGCGUCUGGUGAAGGAAGGUGCAGAUGUUGGGUUCAUCCCGUCACCUGUCAAGCUCGAGAACCUGCGCCUACAGCAGACCCAACAGAAGAACUCCAAGCUCUACCCCAAAAACUCGUCUUCGGGUAACCUAGGAUUGAUAAAUGAUGUUUUAACCAAUAGCAAGAGUCCCAACUCUCGAGGCUCCACUCCCCCCACUCCUGGUAAGUGUUAGUUGUAUGGGAAUCUCUGAUUUCAACUAUUGUAUGUAUUUAUUAUUACUACUACCUAGUACUAUUACUUUCAUUUUUUCCCCAUGACUUGAUUAAGCAAUUGUUUCUGAAGCCCAAGUUUACACCAUGUUUCCAGAGUUGGUAGAGCAAUAUUCUCAGCUCGUGUGUCCCAGCUUGUGUCGAUUUAUUGUCUUCCAGAUCAUUUUGCUUGGUGGGAACUUGAUCUAUAUUGUAGACUUGCUGUGGUGGUUGAGUCUGUGUAAUUAAGUUCUCUAUUAUUUUUAUUAAUGUCAUCCUCUUUUCCCUAUUACUU